AUGUCUUCCGACGAUCAGAAUGACCAUGUCCAGGAGGCCUUGAGGAUCUCAAAGCUGCAUGAAGACGAGGAUAACGCCAUUGCGGAACUGCGCAGGGAGCUCGCAGAGCAGGAGUUGCUCCUGGAGGAGCACGAGAACAUGCUGGCGGGAGACGAGUCGAAGCUGGAGACCAUGAUCAAAGAUCUCAGGAGGGAGCUGCGAGGGUGCCAGGACGAGAGCUGGAGGAUGGACCAGCUGAGCGAGCUGGAGGACAUGCAGGAGCAGCUCCUCUUCAGCAUGCUUCCUCCAGGAGCCAUGGCACAGGCGGCCGUCAGCGACCCCCUAGCAGAGCUGUCCUCGUUGAACGCGGAGAUGGAUGAAGAGCUAGACAAUCUCAGGAGCAAGCUCGGCAGCGUCAAGCUCGAGUUUGAUGCACUGCAUGCGCAGCGGCAGAAGCUUCAGGAGGAUCUGCAGAGGUUUGAGGAGGAGGAGGAGGAGGAGGAGGAGGAGGAAGGGAGGCUGGUGAUGGAGAGGGAAGGCAAAUGA